CAGUAUGCCAGAUCUCCGCAGGAAAAAGACUUUGCCUAUUGUACGAGAUGUGACUCUGGCUGCCCGGAAAUCUGGACUCUCCCUGGCUAUGGUGAUUAGGACAUCACUAAACAAUGAGGAACUGAAAAUACAUGUCUUCAAGAAGACCUUGCAGGCUUUGAUCUACCCCAUGUCCUCCACCACCCCACACAAUUUUGAGGUCUGGACAGCUACAACACCUACCUACUGUUACGAGUGUGAAGGGCUCCUGUGGGGCAUUGCCCGGCAAGGCAUGAAGUGUUUGGAGUGUGGAGUGAAGUGCCAUGAAAAGUGCCAGGAUCUCCUAAAUGCUGACUGUUUGCAGAGAGCAGCAGAAAAGAGUUCUAGGCAUGGUGCCGAAGACAAGACUCAGACCAUUAUUACAGCUAUGAAAGAAAGAAUGAAGAUCAGGGAGAAAAACAGGCCAGAGGUGUUUGAAGUAAUUCAGGAAAUGUUUCAAAUUUCUAAAGAAGAUUUUGUGCAGUACACAAAGGCGGCCAAACAGAGUGUACUGGAUGGGACAUCUAAAUGGUCAGCAAAAAUAACUAUUACAGUGGUUUCUGCACAAGGCUUGCAGGCAAAAGACAAAACAGGGUCAAGUGACCCCUAUGUGACAGUUCAAGUUGGAAAGAACAAAAGAAGGACUAAAACCAUUUUUGGAAACUUAAAUCCAGUAUGGGAUGAGAAGUUUUAUUUUGAGUGCCAUAACUCCACAGAUCGAAUCAAAGUCAGAGUCUGGGAUGAAGAUGAUGACAUUAAAUCCAGAGUCAAGCAACAUUUCAAAAAGGAGUCAGAUGAUUUUCUGGGACAAACAAUUGUAGAAGUCAGGACCCUGAGUGGAGAAAUGGAUGUCUGGUACAACUUAGAGAAACGGACAGAUAAGUCAGCUGUAUCUGGGGCCAUUCGAUUGAAAAUCAAUGUGGAAAUAAAAGGAGAGGAGAAAGUUGCUCCAUAUCAUAUACAAUAUACAUGUUUACAUGAGAAUCUGUUCCAUUACUUGACUGAAGUGAAAUCUAAUGGUGGAGUGAAAAUCCCAGAGGUCAAAGGGGAUGAAGCCUGGAAAGUUUUCUUUGAUGAUGCUUCUCAAGAAAUAGUUGAUGAAUUUGCCAUGCGUUAUGGGAUUGAGUCCAUUUAUCAAGCUAUGACGCACUUUUCAUGUCUGUCUUCUAAAUACAUGUGCCCUGGUGUCCCUGCCGUCAUGAGCACCUUGCUGGCGAAUAUAAACGCUUUCUAUGCUCACACAACAGUUUCAACAAAUGUACAAGUUUCUGCCUCAGAUCGAUUUGCCGCUACCAACUUUGGUAGGGAAAAAUUCAUAAAACUACUGGACCAGUUGCAUAACUCUUUAAGGAUUGACCUGUCAAAGUACAGGGAAAAUUUUCCUGCCAGCAAUGCUGAAAGACUGCAAGACUUGAAAUCAACGGUUGACCUGCUAACAAGUAUCACCUUUUUUCGAAUGAAGGUUUUAGAGCUGCCAAGUCCCCCAAAGGCCAGCUUGGUGGUGAAGGAUUGUGUCAGGGCUUGCCUGGAUUCCACGUACAAGUAUAUUUUCGACAAUUGCCAUGAACUCUAUUCCCAGCUGAUAGACCCGAGUAAGAAACAGGACAUUCCUCGGGAAGAUCAGGGACCAACCACCAAGAAUUUGGAUUUUUGGCCCCAACUUAUUACACUGAUGGUCACUAUUAUUGAUGAGGAUAAAACUGCCUACACACCUGUCCUGAAUCAGUUUCCUCAAGAACUGAACAUGGGAAAAGUCAGUGCUGAAAUUAUGUGGACCCUUUUUGCUCAGGAUAUGAAAUAUGCACUAGAAGAACAUGAAAAGCAGCGGUUAUGCAAGAGCACCGAUUAUAUGAAUUUGCAUUUCAAAGUGAAAUGGUUUUAUAAUGAAUAUGUGCGAGAACUUCCUGCCUUCAAGGAUGCUGUUCCUGAAUACUCCUUGUGGUUUGAACCUUUUGUCAUGCAGUGGCUAGAUGAAAAUGAAGAUGUAUCAAUGGAGUUCCUUCAUGGAGCACUGGGAAGAGACAAAAAAGAUGGAUUCCAGCAGACGUCUGAUCAUGCCCUUUUCUCUUGUUCUGUGGUUGAUGUCUUUGCUCAGCUUAAUCAGAGCUUUGAGAUUAUUAAGAAACUGGAAUGUCCUAAUCCUGAAGCAUUAUCUCACUUAAUGAGAAGAUUUGCAAAGACUAUCAACAAAGUACUGCUUCAGUAUGCUGCAAUUGUAUCAAGUGAUUUCAGUUCAUAUUGUGAUAAGGAAAAUGUGCCCUGUAUAUUGAUGAACAAUAUUCAACAAUUGCGGGUCCAGCUGGAAAAAAUGUUUGAGUCUAUGGGAGGAAAAGAGCUAGAUCCCGAAGCUAGUACUAUUCUAAAAGAACUUCAAGUUAAACUUAAUGGGGUUUUGGAUGAGCUCAGCGUCACUUAUGGUGAAAGUUUCCAGCUUAUCAUUGAAGAGUGUAUAAAACAGAUGAGUUUUGAACUAAAUCAAAUGAGAACAAAUGGAAAUACCGCAUCUAAUAAGAACAGUGCAGCAAUGGAUGCAGAGAUUGUAUUAAGACCUCUCAUGGACUUCUUGGACAAAACAUUAAGUCUCUCAGCAAAAAUCUGUGAGAAAACAGUCCUGAAGCGAGUUUUGAAAGAGCUAUGGAAGAUAGUUCUUAACAAAAUAGAAAAACAAAUUGUUCUCCCUCCUCUGACAGAUCAAACAGGACCCCAGAUGAUUUUCAUCGCAGCUAAAGAUCUUGGACAAUUAUCUAAACUGAAGGAGCACAUGACUCGAGAGGAUGUGAAGGGUCUGACACCAAGACAAUGCACAAUAAUGGAGGUGGUCCUGGCUACCACCAAGCAAUACUUUCAUGCAGGAGGAAGUGGCCUCAAGAAGAAUUUCUUGGAGAAAAGCCCAGAUCUUCAGUCUCUGAGAUAUGCUCUCAGUCUUUAUACCCAAACUACUGAUGCCUUGAUAAAGAAAUUCAUAGACACCCAAACCUCACAGAGUCGCUCCUCCAAAGAUUCAGUGGGUCAGAUAUCUGUUCAUGUGGACAUCACCCCCACCCCAGGAACUGGAGAACAUAAAGUCACUGUAAAAGUGAUUGCUAUUAAUGACCUAAACUGGCAGACCACCGCAAUGUUUCGCCCCUUUGUGGAAGUUUGUAUACUGGGACCCAACCUUGGAGACAAGAAGAGAAAACAAGGCACAAAGACAAAAAGCAACACGUGGUCACCAAAGUACAAUGAAACAUUUCAGUUUAUUCUGGGUAAUGGAAACCGCCCAGGGGCCUAUGAACUUCAUCUCUCAGUUAAGGAUUACUGCUUUGCCCGAGAAGACCGAAUUAUCGGAAUGACAGUAAUUCAGCUACAGAACAUAGCAGAAAAGGGAAGCCACGGAGCAUGGUAUCCCCUUUUGAAAAAUGUCUCUAUGGAUGAAACUGGUUUGACUAUCCUUAGAAUACUCUCUCAGAGGACCAGCGAUGAUGUGGCUAAAGAAUUUGUAAGACUUAAGUCUGAAACAAGAUCUGCUGAAGAGAGUGCUUGAAACAAAUACUACAAGAUUUCAUCUUUGAGCACUCACAAAUUAUAACCGUUUGACUACCGCAUGCAUGUGCAAAUACAUGGGAAUGUUUAUUUCACUAUGUUUCAGUGUUUGCCAGUACUCAGUGUCUAUAAGGUAUGUGAAAAACCUGCUGAACUUUUAUACCAAUUCUGGUCUUUGGGAAAUAAAUGUUCCAUGAAGUGCCAAAAUUAUGAUGUAAAGUGAAAUAUCUAGAAUAUCUUUUAAAACGUUGAUUUCACUUCAUUUCCAAUUUCUCACACAUUAAACAUACUAAACAACAAUUAGUCUUCUGAGUUUGUCCAUUAGUGGUCUUUGUUAAAAUUUGUGUAUUUUGCCCAUAGAUCAGGAAGCAUUUGUUACUCAAAUUCCAUUUUAUUUACUUACCUCAUUGUAGAUGUCUCACAAAUACCCUUUUCUAUCAUAACUAGAAAUGCAGUCACUUCUAGAAAGUGUUUGUAAUUUUAUAGUUGCAGAUAUAUUGUGAUGAAUUUUGCAUACAAAUUAAAAUAGAAAAGGUGGGAAAUAUUUUAUGCUGACCAGUUUCCAACCUUUCUGAAAUAUCACUGUGAAGAAAUGCUGUUAAAGCAAACUUAUACAAAGCAGCGCUAAAUAGAGUUUGUUAACGAUGUUUGAUAUAUUGACAAAACUUUGUUCUUUAAAACUGCCAAGGUCACAUCACGUUUGUAAAAAAAAGGUAAA